GUACGAUUGGUCUCUAGCACGAGCCACCAUUUCACUAUCUACACACAUACUUUAGGUACUUACAACAUCAUAAUAGAAAGAACAAGAGAACCAGAGAAUCAGAGAACAAGACAACAAGAUGGAAGACGCCGAGGCGUUAACCGUAUCGCCCUGCGAAAAUGCGACACCUCUUCAACCCAUAUCGCCCGACCGUGUCAACCAGCAGAACCCCAUGCUCUCCUCUCUUCGAAGUAGUGUGCAGCGCGACAGCGAUGUGCACGAAAAGAUACGUCAAUUCAACAACUUGUCGCAUCUCCCCCCCGGUACCACGUCUGCGUCCAUGUCGAAGCAGCUCGAGAGAAUGACCGCCGAUGCCGCGCUCAAACGUGCCAUGAUAGGCAGAGAGGAGGCAGAGAGCGAGAUGCGUAGAUAUAGAGAAGAAUCCCGGGUCCUCCGCAGGCAAGUAGAGGAAGGUCGUGAACGAGAACGCAAAGUCGGAGAGCGAUUAGAAACUGUCAUGGAGAGCUACGGGCGAGCCAAAGAAACCUAUUCACACACCCACACAAUAUGGGAAAAGGAAAUUCGACGGGCGCGCAAGGAAACAUUCAAAUCACAGUCAACCAUCGUCAAACUUCAAGAAGAACUCAAGGCGGCACGGGUCGCCGCAAAGUCUACAGAGGAAUGUCUCGCACGGGAGAAGGAGCUCAGCAAAGCACGAGAGCAGGAGGCCUUUGCGGCCCGCUACCAGUUAGUGGAGCUGCAACAGGAGUUGGACAAAGCCCAGGAGCGCAUCAUCUUCCUAGAAGAAGAGCGGGAUGCCUUCAAAGCAGCUGCACAAAGUGAAGAGGUCGCUAGAAUAGCGGCCGAGGGGCGCAUACCAUUGCCACCAGAGGAACCUGAUAGUGAAUUCGCCUCUCCUAGAAAGAGUUUCGGGGGUAGAGAGUCAUUGUCAGCUUUCGAGAUAGUAUCCUCGGCCGCAACAGAAGCUGAGAUUGAGGAGUUGACACGACUCUGGCAGUGGGAGAAGCAGAGAGCAGAUCGGGCACAAGAUCAUCUCGAAUUUGUCCAAGCUGAAUUUGAGAUGCACCGCACUUCCAAACCCAGGUCCCCUCUACGACGAAGUACAACCACGUCGCCACGCAAGGAAAGGACGGAUCCAAUCAAAAUCGUCGACCCGUCAGACCUUGUGAUACUUGGCGAAGACACAGAAUCACGGAAAUCCCCGCCGCCUACAGAGGCAUCAAAGCUUGAAUCUGGAGAGGGCCAAGAAGUUCCUUCUGAGCAGCAAGCAACCGAACCACAAAUGACUUGUACGGAAAAUAGCGAAGACGUCGAAGGGAAACCUGAACCCGAAGAAGGGACGAAAGCAUCAUCACCACAAACACGCAAGCGCCCGCGCAAAGAGGACACCACGGAGAAUGAACCGAACAAGCAAUCGAAGCGCAAGGAGCCUCGGCGUGGGACUAUAUUCGUCCCAGCGGAAGGUAUCUUUCGCACGAUCACCCAACAAGAAUUAGAGGCAAUGGAACAGAACGGCGAGGAGGAAGCUACCUUAGAGCCCCCUACACCCGUUGAAGCGGAGCCAAACCAUCUACGUUACGCUCGAACUCCAUCCGUUGAGCCUCCGUCAUUUGCACUCAUGGCUCAAGAACGAACGUCUCUGUUGUCCCUCCUUAACGCCCCCCAUGAAAGGGAACCAAGUCUCGCCUUCAACAUCCCCAGCACAAGCGGCGAUAUUUCGUAUGCUGGAGAGGACGCAGCCUCAGAAGAAGAAACAGAAGGAGAUGGAAAUAAAGAAAGCGACUCCCUGGACGCCACUCCAAUCCAAGUCGACGAUUCAAUGGACUCGCGACCGCACACAUCCGCCGCGUUCUACACCGUGACAACAACGACGUCGAUCCCCAUUCACGACGAGACCGCUAAGCCGCCGCACCCGGCCCCUCUGACGAUGACACACAGCCGCACGCCGUCCUUCGACGUCAACAACCCGGCGCUGACGCCGACCAUGACGCGCGAGCAGGCCCUGGCGCAGAUAAGGGAGCGGCGCGGACGCGCUAGGAGCGCCAUGCAGGGCGCCAUGACGCCCCGGAGGCAGAUGUUGACCGGCGUGACGGAUCGUAACGUGAGCGCGCCCGCCGGCCGCGUUGCUGCCAAGGGCCGCUCUUAGGUGGACGUCGUAUUAUGGCCCUCUUCACGCUUCACGCCGCGACGAUGAAACGAACGAUGAGCGAACAAAUCACUUUUUACUGAAUGAAAGG